AUGACGUUAUUUGACGAGUUCGAGAAUCUCAUUCUUUCUCAGCCACAGUCACAUACUGAACCCAGCGAAUUCUUCGCUUCGCUUGGUGCACCAUCAGUAUCAAUAGCUGUUCUGGAUCAUGGGGAAAUCACCACGAGGUGUUAUUCCACCGUCGGAGACGGCGUCAAAACACGUUUCCAAGCUUGCAGUAUAUCCAAGCCCAUCUCCGCCUUGGCCGUCAUGAGACUUGCAGACCAGGGUAGAUUGAGCCUGGACGACAAGAUAGCUCAUCUCCUAUCAGAUAAAGUUGUGAACAGUCUUGGUCCAGCUGAUUUGGUCCAAGAAAUCACCUUUGCGCAUAUACUGAGCCAUACUGCGGGCCUCAACAACGGGGGCUUUCCUGGUUACAGCGACAUCGACCACCCAAGUGCGACGGACAUCGUACUCGGCAAGUCUGGUGUUAAUACUACGCCUAUCAAGGUCGUUGGGAUACCUGGCCGACAAUGGAGAUACUCUGGUGGAGGAUUUGUGCUUCUGCAAAUUGCCCUCGAGAAACUCACAUCGCUCCCAUUUCCACAGAUCAUGAAGGAGUUGGUUUUGCAACCGCUGGGAAUGCAUGACUCUUGCUACGGGACGCCAGAAGAGGAAGUCGAAUUGGCAAAAGCGUACUAUACCGGCGUCACACAAUGUUCAGUGCCAUGGCAUUAUCUGCCCGAAUUGGCCGCUGCUGGGCUGUGGACAACUCCCGGGGACUUGUGCAAGGCCAUCUAUGCACUGCAGCAGUCUUUGGCGGGAAGCGAGAAUGCAUUCUUGAAGUUGGACACUGCCAAGAGGAUGCUCACCGAGGUCGACUCGAAUGCCAUGAGCUUGGGAUGGGUUGCACCGAAGGACCCGGGCACCUACUUCGGUCAUGGAGGUUCAAACGAUCCCGGCUACCGAUGUGUAGCUAUGGGAAUUGCAGAUCUGUUGGGCCAGAAGAAGGAGUUUCCGAAUGCUGAUUGCGGUAUUGCUGUCAUGACGAAUUCAGCCUUUGGAAUUGAGCCGGCUUACGCUGCCCUUCAAACGAUCAAGUAUCUAAAGGGUUGGCGGGAGGCAACAACAGUCUCAGUCAGCAUGCCGUUUGUCGCACCCUUGGCAGUAGUCCACCGCGAAAUCCGUGGUGAUUGGAAAGACUGGAUGGGUCAAUGGAGCAACGGUACUGAUGUGUGGACCAUUGACGCCGAUAGCGAUGGACAGCCGCAGGCACGCUGGCGAGAGAGGCAACCAAUCAAGUUACUGCCUGCUGCUAUUUGCCCUGAACAGUAUCCUGAAGGUGAAUCUCUCGAUCUGGUUCUAAAUGGGGUUGGGGUUAUACUACGCUUGGCUUGGGCAGAGGGAGAGCGGUCUAUUGAAUCCAUGGAUGCACUAGCAUACAAGACUACAAAGCUAUCGCGAACUGGUUAG